AAUGUCACAACGUCCCACUCGGCUCACCGUCCGAUUGAGGCCGCGAUCUCUUCACCACCUCCACCACCUCCGCCGACAUGGCGAGCGAGCCGAGCGCGGAUGUCCGCCUCCGUCGCCAGCAGAUCUUCACCCUGCGGCGGCAGUGGCUGCGCGACCAGGAGCUGAGCCCCCGGGAGCCCGCGACGUUGCCCGGGACGCGGCCGGGCCCCGUGGCGGCGGCCUGGGCGAGGUUCCUGCAGCCCGGCACGGCGUGGAGGCUUCGCACGUACCGUGCGGCACAGUCGCUCUCGUUUGGAUUUCGCUUUGUUCUGGUCCCGGCCUGGAUCGUUCACUACUACUUGAAAUACCACGUGGCCACGGACGUACCAUACGGUCAUUGUCGCACCAAACCUAGGGUUUACCCGGGUGACACAAUUGUGGAGACUGGGGAGGUGAUCCCUGAACUGAACAUCCCCCACGCCGAUCACCACCACUGAGACCCCUGUCCAUCCCCUGCGAACUCGACAAGUUUGGGUCAAGUAGCCAGGGGGGGGGGGGGCAUAAAGCAAAUUGAGGGAGCACAGCACAUGGCUAACCACCCCCCCCAAUACACUGUCGUAAAUGUGUUGUGGGGAGGGAAGCUGCCCCUGCUGCCCCCUAUGUAUCUACGUCUACGAGUAAUGCAAAACCCACAUGCAGUGGCCUACCUUAACCAUCGUCAUCACCAACAUCGUAUUGAUUGAUUGAUUGGAGAAUUUAAAUAAAUGAAUUCUAACUUAA